CCCUCAGAUAGGAGGAGGGGGAGAGCCGGGGAGCAAUGAGUUUUUAAAAGUUGCAGGGAAAGCCGGUGGAGAGGCAGAGCCGACGUGCACCAAGGAGAGCACCCAACUCCACUGAGGAGCAGCACCGUCACCGCCACCAGCACUACACGUGGGCAACAUGUCUGCAACACACUUCAACCGGGGCCCAGCCUAUGGCAUGUCAGCUGAAGUCAAGAAUAAGCUAGCACAAAAAUAUGAUCCCCAGAGGGAGCAUGAACUGCGAAUAUGGAUUGAGGAAGUGACUGGGAGGCGGAUUGGAGAAAACUUCAUGGAAAGUCUGAAAGAUGGAAUCAUCCUAUGCGAGCUUAUCAACAAACUCCAACCUGGAUCUGUGAGGAAGGUGAAUGAGUCCACACAGAACUGGCAUCGGCUGGAGAACAUUGGCAACUUCAUUAAGGCCAUCACAAGAUAUGGAGUGAAGCCCCACGACAUCUUCGAAGCCAAUGACCUCUUUGAGAACACAAACCACACCCAGGUCCAGUCCACUCUCAUCGCCCUGGCUAGCAUGGCCAAGACAAAAGGCAAUAAGGUGAACAUAGGAGUGAAAUACGCUGAGAAACAGCAACGCAAGUUCCAACCAGAGAAGCUGAAAGAAGGCCGGAACAUCAUUGGGCUGCAGAUGGGCACCAACAAGUUUGCCAGCCAACAGGGCAUGACAGCAUAUGGCACACGUCGGCACCUCUAUGAUCCAAAACUGGGCACAGAUCAGCCUCUAGAUCAAGCCACAAUCAGUCUACAGAUGGGAACUAACAAAGGAGCCAGCCAGGCGGGCAUGACAGCUCCUGGAACCAAGCGCCAGAUCUUUGAGCCUACCCUGGGCAUGGAGCACUGUGACACCCAGAACAUCUCCCUGCAGAUGGGCAGCAACAAAGGGGCCUCACAGCAGGGCAUGACUGUGUAUGGGCUGCCACGGCAGGUCUAUGACUCCAAGUAUUGUCUCACACCCUCCUACCCCAUCAUUGGAGAAGACGAAGACCAAUACAACCACAGCCAUCACAACUUCUACAACUCAGAGUAAGCAGCAGAAAUCAUGGGACAGACGUGGAACAGAGACACCGGCACCACAAAGGCGUUUCCCCUAAGAAAUCCAUCUGGGAAUAUAAGGAGAGAAAGACCGUUCCCUAAACUGCUCAUCAGCUCACUAGAGACUCUUUAAAGCCAUGCCAAAGUCAACUUUCUCCUCCAAGCAUCUACCACUGAGCCUUAAAGCUUCACCUUGAUGCCUUCACGCUAUAUUUAACUUAUCAAAUAUGGCCACAACUUUUAAGCAUGAACAAAUGUGGCAGAAAGUUUUCAGGAUAGAAUGUCACUGUAAAACAAACCAGUGCAUAGGGAGAAGCAGAGAAUAAAUACUCUUCAUUUCUCUCCUUUCUUUCCUUCCCGAUUCCCUUUAGUGUCAUUGCUUCUUUGUGGUUUGUGCCAACUGCUUCCUCCAUAGUUACUGUUAGUGGUCAGUGCAGAAGUGGGCAUGGGCAAUGGAAGCAAAACUUCUGUUGGUGAAUGUACUAGCUCCUGCACUCUACUCUGUAAACUCAAUAACAGAAGCUGCUUCAGUACAAAACUAAUCAACUGACUUCAACCAGUUUAGGAGUAAAAAGGGCAAUUUUUCCAUCUGCCUAAAUUUCAAGGCUAUGUACAAAGUGCCUGGAGAGAUUGCAAUGGUGACAGAAAGAUCAUUUGGAGAGAGGGUGAUAGAUAGAAGCAAAGGCAUGCUAUGGCUGUGUAUCUAUUUUCAGGCAGAAUCUGUAUGCCUGGAAAAUAAGCUGCCAUAUUUUUAAUGCAGUGUUUGCUUUUUGAACAAAGUAUCCAGACCACGUAUUUAUCAAUCUAUCUCAACACAGAAGCAGUUUCAACAGAGAAGAGUAGUGCUUUGGAUUAGCAACUAUUUGGCGAUGCAUAACUACUGGGCCCUCCCCCUUGUGAUUGCCUUUCAGUUGCCAACAAUGUUCAGCCAGUAGGCCAGUUCUUUGCCAACAACCACAUUUAUACUUCUACUAUCAUCCAUGCAUUAUCCCAUAGUUUAAAAUGGAAUUAUGAAGAAAUUUUAUGCAGAUCUAGUCAUUUACAAACAAGCUGAGAAAGCUUUUACAAUUCCUAAGGUCUAAAAACCUGAGAACAACCCUAGAUAAGACUAAUUGCCAUGGAAUUGCCAUGGUUGCCAUGGAACUAAUUCACAUUUAAAACCAAAGCAGCUUCUCAACAUUCAUGUGCCUUGCGCGAAGAUAGAAAAUACCUGGUGGGCACCCAAUGCUGUUCAAUCCAAGGCUAGUAUCAUAAUCCAGAGAACACAUACAAUGAAGUAAGUCCCACUGAAAUCACUGGUUCCUACUGGCACAUUUUAAGUUGGAUUUAAGAUAAGGCUAUUGCUUGAUUAAAGAAACAUUAGUCAGCUAGUCAUAUGAUUGAUCAAAUAUGCAUAGUUUUGCAUACAGCAUUACAUUUGUUCUGAAAAUGUUUACUCCUUUUUUUAUAAGACACCUGAAUGUGUCACACAUGUAUUGUCUCAGAAGAGGCCUUGCCUCCUGGGCAAGAGCAAAUUUCUCUUAUCUGAGGUAUCUGCAAUUCAUUUAUAAUUACAUCUGAUACAGACAUACAUAUGUGUUUUUACUGAUAGAAGUAUGUGAUCAGUCAGGAUUACAGCCCCAGUUAGGAUCAAUGUAUUUGUCUACAUACAUAUGUUGUCACCAGUGCAUGAAGUCAGAACAGAAACAGCGAAUAUCUUUUUGUUAUGUCUGUUAACAAAUCUAGAGUUAGAAGAAAGCCAUCUCCCCAUGGGCUCUCACUUGGUAUGUGGUGCCAGCGACUGGGAAAAUGCUAAAACCUAGACUACUAAGAAGUAAACUGUUUUGCCAAAGAAAACAGCUGUCUUUAAAUCCCUUCAAAUUCCCCCUCCCUUCUCUCCCCAGUUAAAAGUAUUUUGCAUGCUGAACAGCUAAACAUAGCAUCCCCUUCAAAACCAAAUUUAUAAACAGAUGUAUUUGUUUGUAAUCCUCUGCUAAUGAAUACUUAAUUUCACUAUGGCACAAUAAAAAAGAAAAUAUAUAUUUUUAACAUUA